GUCAAUGUGAAAUGUUACGGCCACCUUGCAAAACAAUCCAGCAGUUUCUCUGAAUGCUUCAACACAGAUGCAGUGUAUGAUACAGAAAUUACUCCUAGGGAUAUGCCCAAAAGAAAUGAACACAUACCCAUACAUUUACACUCCCGUGCGCGCGUUUAUUGCAGUGUUACCUAUAAGCUGAUAAGUAGCAACAAUCCAAAUGUCCAUCAGCAGAUGAGUGAAUGCCUAAAAUGUGACAGACCUGCAAUUUUUCAGCCAUAAAAAGAAAUGAAGCCAGGGGCUGUAGUGCAUGCCUUUAAUCCAAGCAUAGGCAUAGGCUGGCUGAUCUCUGUGAGUUCAAGGCUAUCCUGAUCUAUGUAGCAAGUUCCAGGUCAGCCAGAGAUAUGAAGUGAGACCUAUCUCAAAAACUUUAAGUAUUCAUACAUGCUACAACAUGGAACCGUGAAGCAGCUACCUAAAUUAACUUUUACUUAGGCAAUCACUUCUUAAUCAGCCUGCAUGCUAAACUCACUUGAGAAACAUAUUUAACUCCCCUGGAAUCUUUGACAGUGAGGUACCUGGAUUGCUGUUUAAUAUCUAGUCUUCUCUAGGUGAUGUCUGAGGCCCCUUACAGAUCCUAGGAACUGGAUGAAAUCUAUGAAAAAUGGGUUACCAACACCUCUACCUUUGAAGCUAAGGCAAUAACAGAGCCAAGCCCAAUAGACAAGCUGCUUACAACAGGUCUUCCAAUGGUUCUUUAAACUAAGCCGGUUUUUCUCCAAUGCAUCACCACACCUUUGCCCAAGACUGAAUGAAGACAAUUCCUAGUAGUAACAAGCCAUAGCUAAAGGGAUAGGGUCCAUCUGAUUGCAUCUGUGUGUUCGGUUGCUUUAGUGACAAGUCACUGUAUUUUGUAGGAAGCUACCUACAUAUUACCACAAUGUUCUCAUUGGAGCUUAGGAUAGCCAGUCUCUCCUCCAUGGCAUUUACAAGUUAGGCUGGGUUGGAUGAUGCAAUGGAAUUCUAACAGUCACAGACUUUCUGUUUACCAGACAGACAAACUGACCUAAUCCACAAUUGAUGUGAUUUGUCAUUUAUUUUUGUCCUUUAAUAUUUAAGAUCCAAGCUGAAUCAUGUUCCGACUUCUGAGUGCCUGCUGGUCUCGACAAAAGGCCACAGAAUCAAAGCAAAGGAAUGUGACUAUCAUUGUCAUUGGCUUGGACAACUCAGGCAAAAGUCAUCUUGUGGAGGCCCUUCAAAGAUUAAUUCCUAGCAAGAUGCACAGCAAUACGAAGCCAACACAGAUUAGACUUCUACUAGAUGAUUAUCAAGUAUCUCUCUAUGACCUCAAUGGAGACCAAAAAGGCCGAGAGAAAUGGCCGAGCUACUAUGCUGAGGCACACGGGCUUGUUUUCGUCCUCGAUUCUUGUGACACAGCACGCAUACAGGAAGUGAAGAUCAUCUUAACACGCCUGAUGUUUGAUAAAAGGGUAGCAGGGAAGCCCAUCUUAAUCCUGGCAAACAAACAAGACAAGGAGGAAGCCCUCUUGCCUUGCGAUAUCAUCGAAUAUCUACUUCUGGAAAAGCUAGUGAAUGAGACUAAGUCCAUGUGCCGUGUGGAGCCAUGUUCAACUAUGAAAAACCUCCCAAAGAGGAACCAACAGCCGAUAAUUAUAGGCCUGCGCUGGCUGUUAGCUGCUAUUGGGGAUCAAUACGAUGAGCUGUGUACUCGACAACAAACAUCCAGUAAGAGCAUCUCAACCUCCAAGAACAUCAGAGGCUGUGGAGAGAGAUGCUCAUCGGACAGCAUAGCUAACAGAGGGAGAAUGCUCAAAGACAACAGACAGUGCGUUCAGAAAAGACAACACCGGGAACAUAGACAGCAUGUUGAACAAAGACACUUUGAGAAAAGGCAGCAUUUUGAAUCAAGACAACAUUUAAUACAGCGCUCACUGGAUGCUAGGCCCUUAAAGCCAAUCCUACAGAAAGAUGGUCUGCGAAUAAGGCCCAAAAAGAAUAUGUCAGUAACAUUUGCUUUGGAUGUAAUCAUGGAGGAAGGUGAAUGUUCUCGGAAGAUUGGAACUCAGAGUAUUACCAAACCUUGCAACAGCCAAUGUUAUGAGACACAGACUGCAGCUCCAUCUAUUGACAACAAUCUUUUCAAAGCUCGUAGGCCAAAAAAGAGAAUAGAUACCUGGGACACUGAAGAAAUGUUACUGGAAGAUCCUCGUGGCGAAGCCUUCCGUUCCUGCAGUUAGUAUUCCUUAAUAAAGUGACAAAGAAUGUUGGAGGCUGGGGUGGAGGGUGGGUGUCCUGUAGGGUGCCUUGGAAACUGGCCAGCACCCUCCUACCCCAAGUAGUGUGGGAAAGAAUAGAAACCUUAUACUUGGCUUUACUUGCAAAACUAGCUGUUUUCUUCUCCUGAUUAGACUUAACAGACUACUAAAGAGGAAACAGAGGGAUAGCAAAAGAAUCAUUCCCUCUAUCACCUUUCAGUAAAUGGGCACACCUCCAGAACCAGCAGGAACAAGCGCCUUUGACUUUUAUUCGAUAAUGCCUCUACAGCCCACCUACAAGUUCACCUAUUGUAAGAUCACAUCCUUGAGAACCAUUGUUUUUCCACACCAGUGCGGUAGCCAGCGAAUUCAUCCUAUACUCAUCGGGAGGCUCAGGAAGUUAUGUGUCGUCCACCUCACCAAAGAACAGCAGAGCCAUGUACUAAGAUAUUCCUGACAAAGCUUACAGAUAAGAUGUUGUGAACAACUGAAAUUGAGCCUUAGAAGAACAGGGUUACUUUAGAAUCACACGUUUUCCUUUAAGGUUCUCAGCUAUAAAGGGACUGGCAAAAUAAAUAAGAAUGGUGCUCUAAUCAAUCAGGUUUUUUGGUUUUUGUUUGUUUUUGUUUGUUUUUGUCACAUAUCCAAAACCAGGUCUGUUUUAAAUACCUAGCUACUGUCUGGGAAGCCACAUUGCUUUGCUAGCCUUUCAGGAACAGCAACUGCUGCCUCUUAACAUGUGUGUGGAUCCACACUCCCAGUGUGGUGAGCUUGGGAUGGUACUGGUCCCUUACUAUUAUUGUUAUCACCUUCAUCAUGGGCCCCAUUUAUCAGGUGCUUUCCAGAUACCUGGCACAGUGUUAAGUCCUUCCUAUCUAUUGUCAUAUUGGCAACCUUCCUGGGCAGGUAUUAUACCUGGCAUCACUUCCCAAAUGAGGGUACUGUACACAGCAGAGCAAGGAAUGGAAUCCAAUUCUGCCUAGCUAAAGCUACCUUGGGGCUAAAAAGAUCCACACAUGCCUCUCUCCAACUCCCUCUAGAAAGACAAAGCUAUAGCCAGGAAAUUAUGCAGAACUGCAUCCAUGCCUAUGUGAGGAGAAUUCCGUUAACAGCCAUAAGUGCACCAGCAGCGCUAGCAGGCAUAGUUGAUGGAGCACUUCCGCUUUGUCAGCUGCUAGGCUAACUGCUUUACAUAUAUUACUGCCUUUCAUCUUCAUCUCACACAGGCAGAAACUGAUAUUCAGAGAGCUUAGAUAAUUUGUCCCUGGGCACCCACUAGGUGGUAGCAAAACCAGUUUUGGUUGUUUUUUGUUUGUUUGUUUGUUUUUCCUUUCUUAUUGCUAU